UGCGAGUAGACUCAGCCAGAAUAUUUCUGAUCCCCAAGAAGUUGCCACUUUGUCGCACCCUCUCAGUUACACCUUGCCUUAUUGAUGGCCACCCAAUACCCACCACCCUCAAAACGCCAGAAACGCGAGCGGGCAGAGAUUGCGCGAGAGCAGCAGGAUGUUGAUCAGGCGAUUCCAGAUGGCAGCGUCCGAGUCCGCUUCAUAGACCAAGCCACUGGUGAAACAGGCAGCCUCCCCGUCCUCACCGUGCCCCUCUCGCAAGCCUCGACCAAGAACCUCGAAAUCCUGCUGAAUGAAUUAAAAGAACAAGGAGAGGACAGGAUACCAUAUCGCUUCUUUCCCGAUGGAGAUGUGGAAGCCUUGGGAGAUAGCGAGGACUUAUACCAUGCCCUGGUCAAGCCUGGGAAGGUGUCCGCGGAAAGCGAGAUCAUACUGCAGUAUGCUCCGCAGGCCGUGUUUAGGGUAAAGGCAGUAUCGAGAUGCGCAGCGGCUGUAUCAGGGCACGGCGACAACAUAUUAGCCAUACAAUUUUCGCCAGUGGAUUCAAGCAGAAUGGCAAGUGGCAGUGGAGACAAGACAGUCAGGAUAUGGGAUUGCGAUACUGGAACUCCCGUGCACACCUUGAAGGGGCAUACCAAGUGGGUGUUAGCAGUGAGCUAUUCACCAGAUGGAUCUAUACUAGCCUCGGGAGGUUAUGAUAACCAAGUACGGGUAUGGGACCAAAGUACGGGGAAGCAGAUCGGCGGACCACUGACAGGUCAUACCAACUUCAUUACGUCCCUUUCCUGGGAGCCAUAUCACUUACAGGAACCAAAUCGGCCGCGAGUAGCAUCGUCUUCAAAAGAUGGGACGGUUCGAAUAUGGGAUGCAAUUGGAGGGAAGACAGAUUUUGCACUUACCGGUCACAAGAGCAGUGUGACUUGCGUGAAAUGGGGAGGAACUGGACGGAUAUACACCUCUUCCCACGACAAGAUGAUCAAAGUCUGGAACGCCGCUACUGGGACUCUUCUGCAUACUCUUGCUGGCCAUGCACACUGGGUGAACCAUCUGGCGCUCUCUACCGACUUCGUCGUACGAACAUCUUACCAUGAUCAUACUCGAAAAGUUCCUGCUACCCCCGAAGAAAAGUUCGCGAAAGCCAAAUCACGCUUCGAAAAAUCAGCCACCACUGGAGGCGAGAUUGUUGAGCGUUUAGCAACUGCUAGCGAAGAUUGCACUCUCUUCCUUUGGACGCCGCUCACAAGCACCAAACCACUGACUCGAAUGACGGGUCACCAGAAACAAAUCAACCAAGUCUGCUUCUCCCCGGAUGGCACGCUACUUGCAUCCGCAGCGUGGGACAACCACGUCAAGAUCUGGUCUGCUCGAGAUGGAAAGUUUCUCUUCACUCUGAGGGCCCAUGUCGGGCCAGUUUACAUGGCUAGCUUCUCGGCCGACAGUAGAUUGCUGGCGAGUUGUAGCAAGGACACCACGCUCAAAGUGUGGGACAUGAGGACUGGAAAGUUGAAGGAAGACUUGCCGGGUCACAAAGACCAGGUGUUUGCUUUAGACUGGAGUCCGGAUGGUGAUAGAGUGGGCAGCGGAGGUGCAGACAAGCAGGUCAGAAUCUGGAGGAAUUAAA